CUGCUUCAAACCACAAUUAUUUCACUAAAUGAAUCCACCUAUAGUCAUAAUCCAAAUAAUCAAAGUAAAAGUGACCCAUUCCAAUGUUGGUGGAUAACAAACCUUUUCAUUUAAUUUGCCACAUUAAGUUAAAAGUAUAUCCCCAUUCAAUGUAAACAUACCUCAUCUGCCUUUGGAAGUCACAUGGGUGUGACCCGCAUACUAGCUGCGUCGAUCGUCUUCACCGAGUUGCGCAAUGUGUUUUAGCACCUUAUUCAACCCGACCGCUCCCUUUUCCUACAUUUUAAAGAUUUUGCUUUGAGUUUUCAAAUCCAUUCGUGUCCCUGAUACCGCUUUUACAACGGGAAGCUGAAUUCGAGCUCGCACACAACAGCACCACCACCACCAACAACAACAACAACAACAACAAACCAAGAGUUGGAAAAGUUGAAGAAAAUUUUACCUGCUGGUACUUGAACUACACAUACACCCGGGUAGCCCACGCUGCUGGUCAUGGGGGACAUCAACAAAGGGAAGAAGGUGUUUGUCCAGAAAUGUUCCCAGUGUCACACAGUGACGGAGGGGGGACGCCACAAGGUGGGACCCAAUCUGUGGGGUCUGUUGGGAAGGAAGACGGGACAGGCACCUGACUUCUCCUACACACAGGCCAACAUCGAUAAAGGUAUCAUAUGGGAUGAAGAAACAUUGAAUGUCUACCUUCAAAAUCCUAAGAAGUACAUUCCUGGUACCAAGAUGCUGUUCAGUGGGAUCAAAAAGAAAAGUGAAAGAGUGAAUAUUAUCGCCUAUUUAAAGGACGCCACCUCCUAAGACACUGGAAACACCAAACACACUCAGUGGACAGAAGCAUUACACUGUACAGUUAGGAAAAAAACAGUGUGUUCUUUGUUUUGAUUUUGAGUUUACAAUUAACACAAUUUAAAAUAAGAUAUAUAUUUAUUACCACAUGGCUGCCACACUGUUUGUGUGUGUCGGAGAUUGUUUUUAAUUAUCUUAUGAGUCAAGUUGUGGGUUUUCCAGAUAUUUCUUCUCCAUUUUGAUUUUCUAAAAACAGAGUUGUUUACCCAAUUAUAUCCCCACCGUUUGUGUUUCUUCUACAGUCUCAACGUGUUUGUGUUAAAUGGUGCUGGACUGUCUAUCUUCUCCCCUCCUUCUUUCUUUAAGCCAGUCGUGGAAUCACUUUUAUUGUUAUAAAGUUGCACAUUCCUAUUUUUUUUAUAAAUGCAUGUUUAUGUGAACAAAUGUGUAGUUUACUGGAAAAGUCGUGUUUUUUUGGUUAAAGUAUAGCAUACUAACAAAUAGUUUAACUUAGUCUAAUGGCCUGUUGAAUACGUGAUUACAUUUAUGAUGUUCUUUAUACUGAGUUACUGUUUUAUACUUUGAGUAAAAGGAUGAGGCAAUAACA